GGUAUCCUUUGCGCAUGCGCACUUGGUUGAUCUAUAUAAAUCAUUGCUCGGUGGGCAUUUUAACGCUGAUCUGGUGCAAAAAUAAUAAAAAAAACAUCCUCGGAUCAUUGAAGGGGCCGACAGGACCAGUACCAUGGCAUUCAGUGGAUCCUAUAUGCAGGUAGCGGUGGUUCUGUUGGCGGUCCAGCUCGUCUGUGUCGGUGCCGCCGAGGCGGACCAGGAGACGGGGACCGUGAUCCCAGCCGAAAGUCGUCCGUGCGUUGACUGCCAUGCCUUCGAGUUCAUGCAGAGGGCGCUGCAAGAUCUGAAGAAGACGGCUUUUAACCUUGAUGCCAGGACAGAGACUUUGGUUCUGCGGGCUGAGAGGAGGGCUCUGUGCGACUGUAUGCUUACCACCACCACGCUGCGCUGAGCCCCACCUGCCCAGACACCCCGACUACAACCCAUCUCAAGCCUCUACACAUGUACAGAAGACUCCACCCCUGGACUUCUCCAGACAACCGGCACUUUAUUUGAUUUGUUUCCACACCGUCGCAUUUGAUUGCAGCUCUGAUUUGAACCACAGGGGGCGUCAUUGUUUUCGCCUUUAUUUAAGACUUUGACAUCGCCUCUGUUUGUGAAUCACACAUCUCUGACUCCUCUCCAUCGUCCUCUCCCGUCCUCAUCCUUGAAGCAUAAACACGUUUAUUUCCCCCCGACUUUCUAGUAACUGACUGUAAAACGUAGACACGGUAGGAUGCAUCUGUAUACGAUUGUGUUGUAUGAGGUUACUGUUUACACACUUCCAACUGUAGCAUCAGAGUUUAUUUACCUGCUCGUAAUAAUAGCGGUGUGACAUAGUAAUUUAAGAUCAUAGGGAGAAUCUGACUGUAAUUUAAAUAAUUUUAAUUAGUUGACUCGGAGCCUGUGGGAGCGGUGGGGUAACUCCAUAAUUAACCGUGGAGAUGUUUUGUUUUUGUGACGAUACCUUUAGGAAGACCACCUGUAGGUCUUGGUUUAGCACAACACUGUAGCAUGAAUUUCUAGCACUUUUCAUUUUACGGGGUAAUAAGGACGGUGCGUACAAGCGAUGCGAACGCACCGGAGUGCGUCUGUGGACCUCUGCCUGAUUCACAAGCGUCUGCAGGAAGAGCGACAAAGCCGAUGGGAUGAACAGCGGCAUCAGCAGGGAGGCAUGGAAGGGGUGGAGAGAAGUGCAGCAGGGAGCAGAAAAUCGUCUUACUGUUGCUCUUUCAUCAACGACGUACUUUGCAAUUUACAAAAGGCUCCAUUUACAGUCUUAAUGUUGUACCUAUGAAUAAAAACACCAAACAACCGUC